GGGAUUCGCGUCAACCAGGUCAAUAUGGGAUGGUGCCUGACAGACGCGGAGGACCGCGGCCAGAGCGCGACGAACCGCUUCUGGUUGGCCGAGGCCGACGCGGCGUCGCCGUCGGGGCGCAUAUUGCGGCCCGAGGACACGGCCGCGUCCGUCGUCCACCUGCUCAGCGAGAGCGCCUCCAUGGUGACCGGCGCGAUCCUCGACAUCUCGCCGGACAUGCUGCCGGGGAUCAUGUCGGGAGAGACCUGUUGUUGAGUGCGCUAGGCCUGUAAGACACUAGCAAGCAAGCAAGCAAGUCUCCAAUUUGCAAGCGGCUGGUGGCGCGCACAAAUCGAUUCAGCACGACGCGACGCUUUUUUCCGAGCGCAGGAGUGGCGCAUCUGUGCUAGGUGACGUCUCAUGCAUCGAUGCUUCAUUCAUUUGGCAGCACUCACAGUGCCUGCAUACUGGAGGGCGCUGGCGCUUGCGCCAGCAGCAAGCACCUGGGAGCUCGACCGCAGCCUCCGAUUGCUCAGCAAUGUGAAACGUAAGACGAGCGGUAAACGACCUCUCGACCUGCUCGAGGAUUUGUACGACCGCGAGUCCGGUCUGACAGGCGAAGGCGUCUGGCAUAACGCACAUUUCGGCGCGGCGCACCUACUGGCGGCGCGGCGUAUGGGUAACGGCCCGGUUGGCAAGGCUAUUGCGGAGGAGUUGAGGUCAUCAGCAAAACGUCUCGGUGACUCGCUCUACGACCUUAACUACGACGAUGGAUUCCGGCUGCGCACGGCCUCGGACAUCUGGAAAACGCCGGAUGCGGCGGUCGAAAGCGGUGGCGAGCGGCCUGGUUUCUACGAGCCCUCGCGAGAUCGCCGCUGCGUCUCAAAUGCGGCCGCGGUCAUCUUCUACUCGUUGCUGAACGAGGACGCAGACGACGACAGGAUAGGAGAGAUGGGGGAGACAUUCCUAGAUCUAUUCUUCGACGAAAAGCUCGGCCGCUUCCGCCGCGGCGCCGUCGCCGACGGCCAGGAGUAUUGGCGUUCCGUCGACCAAGCCAUGGCGAUCCUCGCGUGCAGGCGGCUCGGAGGCGACCGCGCCGCAGCUGCGGCGGCGGCGGCCGCGACUGCGCUCCGCGACGACUUCGGCUACCGAAGUGGUGAGCGGCCGAUCAACCAUCUAGGUCCGUUCCCGGGCACGCGGCGACGCAACUCGUGGCACGACGCGUUUGCGAUCUACGCGCUGGCCCUCGACGGCGACGUAAGUGACCUUGUGGAUAUGAUGCGCGCGGCGUACGAGUCUGCGGACAACGGACUAUUAGCGCACCAGGCGCGCGACGCGGGAACGUCACCAUAUCUCGGCGACGGGUCGGCGGUGCACUUCUCGUGCACGCAGGCCGUGUGGGGCGCAGUCGGUCGGGCAACGCGUGGCGAAGGAUUCGAGACGCACGACGCCGCGUGGCGACGCUUCGAUGCGGCCACGUCGCGCGACGGCCUCUUCGUCGUGGCCGACGCCUACCCAAACGUCAGGCUGUGGUGCAAUACCGAGCCGGCGUUCUGGCUCCUCGUCGAGCCAGAUAUCUUUGCGAGUAACUCGUUGAGCUAG